CUGUGCCUGGUCCGAGAGGGAGAGCCGCGAGCCUCGUCGGUCCCUGCUCCCGUCUGUCGUGCCUUUGCGUGCCGGCCGAAGCAUCCUCCGCUCUCCUCCACCCCCCCGGAGACAGGGGGUGAGUUCGUCCUGUGCAGCGCCGUGCACCUCCGGCCCCACCAUGGCCAAGCGAGCUGACUGUGGCCUGCAAGUCGACUACGUUUUCCGGGGAAUGGAGCACGUUGUCCGGAUGACGACGGAAGGGACCCUUCUGGAGGUGGAGGUGGAAGACCGGCUCACCACGGACCAGUGGCGGGGCGAGUUUGAUGCUGCUUUUAUCGAGGACCUCACCCACAAGACGGGGAAUUUCAAGCAGUUUGGGAUCUUCUGCAGCAUGCUGGAGUCAGCCCUGGCCCAGAGCAGUGAGUCCGUCACGCUGGAUCUCCUCACCUAUGCAGACCUGGAGGCGCUGAGGAACAGGAAGAUCGGGGUGGGGCCCCGACAUCCGUCAGCCCCCAAAAGCUCCCUGUUGAACUCCAAGCGCUACCUCAUCCUGAUCUACUCGGUGGAAUUUGACAGGAUCCAUUACCCGCUGCCGCUGCCCUACGCAGGAAAGCCCGAUCCGGUGGUUCUGCAGAAGGUGAUCCGGGAGCUGAAGGAGGAAUUGGCCAUGUUGAAGGCCAAGCCGGGCAAGGACUUCCGGGACGUCGAGAUCCGCCGGCUGCGGGAGGAGCUGCAGCGCGCUCUGGAGGAGAAGCAGUCGCUGGAGACGGCCCUGCUGAACUCGCAGGAGGAGCUCAAACUGGCUGCCAAGAGUAGCGGCUUUAAAGAAGCGAAGAUUCUGAAGAAGGUGGUGCAGAGGCUGGAAGAGGAGCUGACGAAGGAAAGGGCCAAGCACCAGCGCCUCGCCACCAGGCGUCUGCAGGAGAGCCGGCAGCUGGCUGAUGAGCUUGCUGAAGUGAAAGCAACCGAGAGGAGCCUCCGGAUCCGUGUGAAGAACCUAACCAAUGAGCUGGUUUUGUACAAAAAGGGGCACUUCACACCCACUGGAUCUUUUCUCUCAAACCCCUCUCGCCAUUUCUCCCACCCUGCCCUGAACCGAACUGGUGCCACAAAGCGAGAUGGGCGACGCUCCACCUCUGGGGAACGCCCCAAUUCACAGGAGCGCAGCAGGCCCUGGGGAAGCAACCGGCAGCGGUCCACGUCCCGGGAAGGUUGCAGCGGGAGCCAAGGACGUGUCUCCCGGCAGUCUCCAUCUCCGACAGGUGUCCGGGCGCCUCGCUUUGAUCCUACGGCCUUCGUGAAGGCCAGGGAACAGAAGCAAAAGGAGAUUGAGCAGAAAAACAAGCGGCGUCUCCAGCGGGGAAUGGGAGACACCCCUCCCAGCGGAUGGUACCACCACACCCAACUCAGGGGCCCUUCAGCCCUGCCUGGCAGCAGCCUGGAGAAGCCACGGGGCCGCAGCUCUUCAGUGGAAAGCUUCCGCAGCAGACGCACCUCUGCCAGCUCAGGGAGCGAAAUGGAGGAAUAUUCGGAACCUGUUGCAUCAAGAGGCAGGAAGCGACUAGCCAGGAGCAGGAAACCCUUCAGUUCUUCAUCUUGGAACGGCCCCACCGUGGGUCCCCACGUGGACAACGGUCGCAAAAAACGCUUGUCAAGCACCCCAGAUACAGGCAAAGCCGGGGGUAAAGGGAAUCUGCACGAUGAGCCGUCAGCGGACCUCUCCGAGAUUGAUGCCCGGCUGCAGGCGCUGCAGGAGUACAUGAAUAAGCUGGAGACCAGGACGUAGCCUGAGCGAGGGAGCCAGCGCCCAAGCCUGUGUCGUUCCUCGCCUAGCGAGACCAGACCCAAAUAUACCAGGUGUCCUUUCCCACCCCCCCCUGGUUUUGCGUCUUCCUUCCACUGCUUCGUCCUCAAACGGGAGGGCAGAGAGAAGUGGGGUGGGAGUGGCAAUCGUGGGAGGUUCCGGUGAUGAAAUGCUCCCUAAGGAUUUCUAAGGACGAUUUCAUCAAAGAUUUCCAAGAACACCCUAAGAAUGCGCAACGCCGGCCUUGUCUUGCAUAAGGGGGGGAGGGGGUCUUGAAAGCAUCUGCCCUCUUCCAGAGCCUUUAGGGUCGCAGGAUGGGAUGCGCUGCAUGAAGCAUGGGGGAGGCUGGGGGCCCCUGCAGCUUUGCCCUUCAAAAGGAGAUGCAGCAGCACCAUUCUUGUCCCUCCUGAAAUUGCUGCCGCUUAAAAAAAUAAAAUCCCAUCCAGAUUGCCACCUCCGUACAAGAUGCAACCUUUUUCUGAGCCUUCCACCCGCCCCAGAGAAUUCAUUUCACUAAAUUUGGCCUCUCUGCCAGCUGUUUUCCAGCACAGCAACCCUGAAUAAUAAGUUUUCAAUCUGUUCCUGGAGAACACCGCCCCCCCACACACACACACACCAGCCUGGAUAUAAGGCAGACUUCCCCAAGCUGGUCCCUUCCUGACAGUCGGCAAUUCCCUCUUUUAUCCCCCCCUUGCACGGGGUUAGUGGGAAUUGUAGUUCCAGCACACCUGGGGGGAGGCCGAAUGAGGAAACGCUGCUAUAGGGCUAGGAGUUUUUACCUCAAGUGGACAGCAGGUAGAGUGUGAAUAGAUUCAGGCUGAGCCUUCCUACCGCCCAGAGCAGAUGGAAGAUCACCUGCUGCUUAGAAAUCAGCCACAUUGUUCUGGUGCAGCAGCCGCUUGGGAGAAGCUGAGCUGGCAGCAGCAGCAGUCCUAGCGACUAAAAAUAAAGGAAAAUUAAGGCCUAGUUAAAGCUCCGUGUUUCCCAGUUGAUGUGGCCAAUUUUGACCGCUCUGCUCAGCCCGGUUCCUUCGGGUAAGCCACUGGGGCUAUGACUGGGCUGCUCUUUUGCUGGCUGGAUCAGGAGCGGAUACAUGAUACGCCUGGACAGUUCCUGGAAUGUCUUUGGCCCCACUUCCCUGAAAUGGUGACCAUCUAUUUCUUUGCGUCUGUGCUGUGAUAUGCUGUGAUUUUUU